AUAAUAUAUAUAGAUUAUAACUCAUACUACUGAGGCUUGCCACAUGAAACAGUGUUUAAUGACUGUAGCCGCAUAUGAAAGCAAAUUUGAUAUAAAGAAUUUGUUCCUAUGAUUACUUUAAUAAUGACAAAUGUUUCUUAUUCCAUGUUUCAAAUAUUUUUAUAAAGAUGUGAAAAUAUUCGAUGACGUAAUGCAAUUGAUUAAAUAUCAUAAUUCUAUUAUUACAAUAUAAAAUGGCAACAUUUUGGUCAGGAAGACCUGGUUGGUUAGGAAAAGUAGGAUUAGCAUUAUUAGCUACAUGGCUUUUGAUAUUAAUAAUAUCAGUAUCACAUAUCUUUAAAACUAAUAAUUUAUCAUCUAAUAAUGAAAGUCCUACAAAUAAAGAAAAUGCUCAACGUUUAGCCCAAAUGGUUAAUGAUUUUGAAAUUCUUAAAAGACAAAAUGAAGCAUUAAAAAAUAUAGUUUUAGGAGAAAGAUCAAAAUCUAUUCAAGGAGAUCAUUUAGGUUCAAUACAAGAAAAACUUGAAAAAGUUUCUAUUUAUGAAGAUUUGUUGGAUCAUCAAGAUAAUGUAAAACAUGGUAUUCCUUCUUCUGAAUAUGAAGAAUUAAGACGAAGAAUAAGAAAUAAUGUUCAAGAAAUGUGGUAUUAUAUUAAUGCAGAAUUAAGUAAAUUUAGGAAAGGUAUUGAUAAACUUAAUUAUGAUCAAAGAGAAAAAAGAAUACAAGAUACAUUAAAAAAUACUUGGGAUCAUAAAAAAUCUCUUACAAUAGACAUUGAUAGAUUAACAAAAGCAGAUGGUUAUGAUGAAUGGCGUAAAAAGGAAACAAAAGAAUUAUCUGAUCUUGUACAAAGAAGAUUCAAAUAUUUACAAAAUCCUAGUGAUUGUAAUAAAGCAAGAAAAUUGAUUUGCAGUUUAAAUAAAGGUUGCGGAUUUGGUUGCCAGAUUCAUCAUAUUACAUAUUGCUUUUUGGUUGCUUAUGGCACAGAAAGAACUUUAAUAAUUAGAUCUAAAGGUUGGAGAUAUCAUAAAGAUGGUUGGGAAUCAGUUUUUAAGCCACUUAGUGAUACAUGUGUAUCUACAAAUGGAGCAUCACAUGCUAAUUGGCCUGGUGAUUCUUCUAAACAAGUUAUUUCCUUGCCAAUUGUAGAUAAUGUUUAUCCAAAACCAAGAUAUCAACCACCAAGUGUACCAGCUGAUUUAGCAUCAAGAUUAGAGAAACUUCAUGGCCAUCCCCUAGUAUGGUGGGUAGGUCAAGUUUUGAAAUAUUUAAUGCGACCUCAAGAACACGUAAAAAAAAUGUUAGAUGAUGCCAAAGAAAGGCUUGGUUUCAAGAAACCUAUUGUUGGAAUUCAUGUACGCAGAACUGAUAAAGUUGGUACUGAAGCUGCUUAUCAUGAUAUAGAUGAAUAUAUGAUUAAAGUUGAUCAAUAUUUUGAUGAACUUGAAACGAAACCAGAAGUGAAAAGAGUUUUUUUAGCAAGCGAUGAUCCGAAAGUAAUUACAACAGCGAGAAAUCGUUAUUCUAAUUAUGAAAUAAUAGCAGAUCCAGAAAUAGCAGAGACAGCUUCAGUUGCAAAACGAUAUUCAGAUUCUUCUUUACAAGGAAUAAUUAUUGAUAUACAUCUUUUAUCCGAAUGUGAUUAUUUAGUAUGUACGUUCAGUUCUCAAGUAUGCCGCGUAGCAUAUGAAUUAAUGCAAACGUAUUAUCCAGAUGCUUAUAAUCGUUUUGCAUCAUUGGAUGAUAUUUACUAUUAUGGAGGUCAAAAUUCACAUCCUCAUCAAGUUAUUUUAGAUCAUAAACCAAGAAAAGAUGGUGAAAUUGAAUUAAAAGUAGGAGAUUUAAUUGAAGUUCUUGGAAAUCAUUGGGAUGGUUACUCUAAAGGAUAUAAUAUCAGAACUAGUAUGACGGGAUUAUUUCCUAGUUUUAAAGUUAAAAAUCCAGUAGAUGCUGUAGAUUUUCCAAAAUAUUCAAACGUCCCUUUGAGAGAAAAUAAAAAUGAAUAAAAAUAUACUUUAAAUUUGUAGUGAUCUUGAAAAUAUUCAGAUUGCUCGAAAAAGAAAUAACUUGCCUUCAUAUUUCAAUUGUUAAAAACAGUAAAAACUUCAUAACACGUAUAUAUAUAUUUUACUACUAAUAAGUGACAAAUUUAAUUCUCAUAAAUUAUUAUGAAUCGUGAGACAAAAAGCGAGUUAUUCUAUUAUUGCCUAUAUGCACAUAUGCACAUACAUAUGUGUAUGUUGAAUUUUAAGAAGACCGUAUAUAAAUAUUCGUAAAAAAUAUUAUAGAAAAUUUUGAAUAAGUUUACGAUCUUCUUACAAAUUAAACUAAUAACAUAAACAUUUAAAAACAUUAAAAAUGCAAAGCGAUAUAAUUAUAAAAAUUUUUAUAUAUUUUGAUUGAAGUUAAAAAUUUUAAUCGUUAUUUUAAUAAGAGAUUUUAUUAGAAUGUGACUGUAUUAACGUAUUAAAUUGCGAAUCUUUAGCAAACUGAAUGUAUGUUUUUUACCUAAUGCAUUUAUAUAAGGUAUAAAAUAGAUUCAAUUGAUAUGCAAUAUAGACAAAAGUUAUUUGUGCCAAUGCACUUGAUUCUUGAAGUAUUAUUUAUAAUGACAAGCCAAUAUUUAAAUAAAAUCUAUAUAAUAUGUCAAUUUUUAUAAUAUAUGAACAAAAUGUUUACAUUAUUAUUUAAUCUGACAUUUUUUUAAUAAGGGCUUGCAUUAUUGUUCAUUAUAACGUACAAUUUGUAUAUAAAAAUACGCAAUACAAAUUACGUAUAUGUAAUUUUUUGAUAAUAAUAGAGCUUAUACAAAAACGCAUAACAAAUAUUGCAUAAAUUACAUAUGAUAAGCCUGAAAUGCAUAGACAUCGAGCUGGGCUUGAGGCCUAUCUUAUAUAUAUAAUUAAGAAUGUUUCUUGUAUACAUAUUGUAAUAUAUUUUAUACUGUACCAAACAAAUGAGAAUUGUUAUUAUAUUAUAAAAUCUGAGUUUGGUUUUUAAUAAAUAUUUAAUUCAUGAA